AGCACCGCUCCUCAUAGUCUCUCGUUUUAUUGCAAGGCCAAGAAGUAUCCUUCUACCCACCAAUAUAUAAUACUUUCAAUCUACAAACACCAACCACCAUAAUGUCCAAGGUUCUUUCCGCAGCUCUUUUCACCUCGCUUGCGACGGCACAGAUGACUACCUCUGCGUGGAUGCCUGGCCUGCAGGAUUCGCAGGCUUCUUUCUCUGCCUCUGUCAUCAGCGUGAACAAGGAUCGCACAGUUCUUUCUCUCGAUUACUCCGGGUUAACGGAUAUGGCUCAACCGACUCAAACGAUAACGAUCGGAGGCAACACUUACUAUGGAUUUGAAGCGGCAGCUACCGACGAGGGAUUCGCAGUCACUAUCUCUGGUGCGUGCUCCCGUGAAAACACGGACGCAAAGUCAGCCACUUGCACCGCGACUACGAUCGGUCUCGCAUCUGCUAUCAGCGCGGUCUGCUCAGGACCACAAUCCAAUGCCGACCUAUGCUCUAGUAUCUCUGAUCUCGAGCUUUCCAUGACCACCACGUUGCCUGAAGAUUACUUCGGAACUUUCCCAGUAGUUAUCACCGCUGGAAACGACCUGUUGCCCAGUGCUUCGGCCGCUGCGACACCUUCAGCAGGCAGCGCUUCCGCCACAGCCUCUGGAUUCAAGUCUUCGCAAUCACCAUCUCCCACUGGAUCUGCUUCCAACGCUGCUGGCGCCAGCUCCUCGCCUUCGCAGACGGGUGGAAAGCCUGCUGAGGCAACCGGUGGCGCACCAGUGAUUAUGGCGCCUGCGUUGGCUGGUAUGGGUGCUGCUCUUGCCGCAUUCUUCUUGUAGAAAUUGGAGAGAAUUGAUCCCAAUUACCCGUAUCACGAUAAUUUUUCUAAUAGCUUAUACCCUUGUUGAAUCAUAUGCACAGCUAAGCAAUUC